AUGGAUACAUUGAAUACAGCAGAAGGCGUAACACGUUUUCUAAGAGCGAAAGGUGGCUCGUUGGACAAGAUUGUAUUAACUGCAAAUCAAAUUCUAGAUGACACUAUAAACGUCCACUUGCCUAACAAACACAUUUUCAUCUUCGAUUUGUUAUGCGAUAGAUUCAACGAUAACAACCACUUUAAGAACUGGAAAUACGAUACCCAAUGCUGGAUCUUAUUCAGAAAAGUAUGGAUAGGCUUAGAUAAUGAUAAAAUAUCUAGGAAUAGAUCGAUGAAAAAGCUAAAAUUCGUUGAUUUACUUACAAACAUAUUAAAAAACUCUAAUCAAAAAGCAGACGUCAAGCUAUUGGAAAAUGUGAUGCAAACAACUAAUAUAGUCAUGAACGAUUUUUACAUUGAAAUUGAUGACAAUUCGUCGAUUAACUUACUUGCAUCCUACGUUACGUCUUUAAAUCAUUUAUACAACGAAAUCAAUUUCAGUGACGAAAUUAUCAACGACUGGACCGAUGUAAUCUACAAACUUUAUCAAAUACCUCAACUCAACGUUAACUAUAAGUAUAGUAAGAAGAGUGUAACCAAAUUCUUCGGAGAAUUUAUUCCACCAGCAUUACAUUUUAUCAAAAGCGAAGAAGAAAAAUCUAACUUAUCUCAGUCUAAAACUAUAAUUCAGAACAUAAUAUGCAAAGUGAUAUUUAAUAAGGAUUCAAUUGGUGGCUUGAAGGGAAACAUCGAAUUGCUUUUAUCUAAAUAUGCUAAUGAUAUUUCGUUCGAAUCACUCAAGUAUUUGUUCGUUUUGGUUAUAAACAACUUAUCAAGCAAAGAUAUGAAACUAUGUGAAGAGGUUUUCCUCUCUAUAAUCAACACUAAAAAGUUCAAUCAAAUGUCUGAAACAUUGUUAGAAAUAUUAUCAAGUGUCAAUAAAUCAUUAUCAACUGAAUUUUUCUCGUCGAUCUAUGAUAAAGAAGUUAAAUCUAAUUCUAAAAAUAACAUAAACUGGAGUUUGGUCAUCCAUUUAUUCAAUUUGGAUAUCGAAUUGGCAAUGAAUAAUGCCGAAGAGGUUCUCUCAAAUAUACCAAGUAGUGUGAACAGUAAAACUAUAUUAGAUAUUGGUAAAAGCGUAGCAGAGGCCUACAUUAAAGCAAGGGAGUUUGUUGAGUUUUUUCAAAAUAUUUGGAUUAAUAUAAUUCGUAAAGCUUCAAUUUGGAGAUCUAGUGAAUUCAUUGAUAUCAUCUCAAGCAAAAUCAAUAACUUGUCCACGAAUCAGUUGAACAUAUUGUUAUCGUUUUCAUUUGGACAGAGUGAUGCCUUACCUUUGACAAAUUCCAUUAUUAAAGGUUUGUUGAUUUGCCCAUUAAAUAAAGUUGAAUCUGUCAAGAAGCUCCUACUUAGUCAAAGUAAACUAUUCACUGAACCGACAAGUAGCUUCUGGGAAAUUAGAUUCUAUAUUUUGUGUUUGUAUAAUGAAGAGGUAUUGGAAAACAACCCGAAGUUUAUCUCCUAUGUUUCCAAUUCACCUGUCUGUUCCUCAGAAUAUUAUUAUUAUACCAUAUUUCGUCUUAUCGAAAUUACAGGAAAUGAUGGAUCGUUUAACCAAUAUAAUAAAGACUUCGUUAAAUAUUUGAAGACCUUGAAAUCAGAUAAGAUUCGUUAUGUGCUUAUGACUUUAUUUAAUAGAUGGUUGGUACUAAUUGACAAAUUCUUUUCGAAAUCACAAACUCUUGAAAUCAUGAGGUUAUAUUUGAAUCAAUUAGAUUUUGGAUCAUAUCUUUUGAACUACUUUGAAAAUAAUGGUGACGUUUUUUUUGAACAGAGGAACAUGGUUGAUGCUUUACUAAUUAUAUUAAUUGAAAACUUUGCUAACGGAAUAAAUGACGGCUCAGUUGGUUUUAUCAACUUGAUAUCGGUUAUCCCAGUUCAAUGCUUUGAUAAGUAUUCCAAGAAAAAGUUAAUCGACGCGAUAUUUGGAUCAUUUAGUUGCUCCCAAGAUAAUGACGUUAAUGUGUCUUCCAGGGUUGCCUUAAGGCAUUUAUUAAUUCAACCCUCUUUUAAAUCAUCAAUUGAAUUGGAUUUCAAGUUAUCAUUAAAAUUAAUGGAAACAUCGGUACAAACUUCAUUACAAUUAUCUAAUGAAAUCCUACAAUCUAUCUGGAACCAAAAUUUAAGCCAGUACAGCGUGGAAACAAACAAAACCUAUAUCUUGGAAUCGAUUCAGUAUUUGAAUGAUUUCUUCAAAGGUUUUAAAACAAAGAAUAUUUUGGAGCUACCGUCAGAAUUUCAAGCAGCAUUAGUCAUUAUUUUGACUAAUACAAAGCAUAAGAAUACUGACAAUAACCUUGAGGGAAUGAUAAAAGCAUUAAUUAACCUUUUUGUAAAGACCACAAAAGAACUUUUACAUAAGAUAAUUGAAAGCAAGAAGAAUAUAAACUACGAAAUUGUCUGUUGGUUGUUAAACUCGCUAUACUUAACAUCAAGUGAUGAUAGUGAGGAAGCACACGAUAUCCGUUCCUUAAUUAAGAUGAUCGGACAGAAAUUGCCCUCGGCCCAUAAUGAUCAAAUUAAUAAAGUUAGAGUAAUAUUAUUCAAAUUAUUAACGAACGUAUCAGGGCCUUCGUUUAAUGAUGCGGUCUUCAUUUCAAGUUUAUUUAUCUCGUUAGACGUGAAAUUCGGGGCUGAUAUUGAUGAGAUGACAAUGGCUUUGAUGUCAUAUCUUGACAAAAUUUCUGCAAAUGAAGAUGAUUUUAAAAUGUUCUAUGAAUUUGUAUUGCAUUCAGUCAAUACUGAAGAGGAUCCCAGAUACAUGUCUUCGUUGGUAAGAAUCACCAACUCGUUGAUCAAAUCUUUAAACAGAGAAUAUCAGGCGGAUUGUACCACUUUAUUUAUUAAGACGUUAUCAGUGUUUUUGACACAAUACAAGUUGAUUUCGUUAUCUGGACAUAACUCUAUAGUUUCCAUAUUGUCGACUUUGAAAACAAGCUUAAGUGGCAUGACCUGGUGCUUCAACCAAUAUGCGUUGGAAACUACGAUAUCUUUAAUAACAAGAGUUUCGUACUCUUUAAGUGAACCUGAAUUCGCCAAAUUGGAACAUGUUGUUGAUAUAUAUAUUCAAUUAACCCAUGUUAUGUCAAAUAUUUUGCUUUUCCAUAGGUUCAAGUUAUCAUCUCGUCAUCAUAUUAUAAUUAACGCAUGCGUUUCUUUGUUGGCACCUCUUUCGAUCAAAAAUCUCAAAUCUGAAAAUAAUUACUUAUCAUCAUCUACAAAGGCUACAGGUGCAUAUUCCCGUUUGUUAAGCAAUUUAUGUGAACCAUCAAAUACAUCAUCAAAGGAAAUGGUGCAAUCUUCAUUGAACUCUACAUCCGCAUUGAUCAAAAGAUCACUCAGAAAGCAUUUACCAAUACUUUUGUUAAACUAUAUUAAUAUUGCAUUGAAGAACAAUUUCAAAAGUGAAGUUAAUGAUGAAUUAAUGGGUGGUAUAUUUAGUAUUUUUAACGUUCUUUCUCAAACUGAAUUGCGACUUGUUAGUUCCUCGCUAGAUAUUCCUGGAAAAACAUAUUAUAGAACUUUAUACGCAGAUUAUAAAGAACAUGGUAAGUGGAAGGAUGAAUAA